GGAAGGUUGGGGAAGGCGGGCGGCCCCUGUGAGGGGAGGGCAUUGAGGGGUCCCGUCCCUCCCCUCACCAGGGAAGGCUGUGGGGGCGACCCCUCUGAGGGGAGGCUGUUGAGGGGUCCCGCUCCUCCCCUCAGCGGGCGCUUGGAGCGUUCCAUCCCUCCCGGAGGGGGGUUUGGGGUCCCGUCCCUUAUGGAGGGGUCUCUGGACUGGGGGUCCCGUCCCGUCCCUCCCCUCACGCUUCGGGUUUGGGGGAGGGUCCCGUCCCUCACCGGGUGCGGGAUUCUGGGGGGGUCUCUCCCCUCACCGGUUGGGGUUUGGAGGAGGGUCCCGUCCCUCCCCUCACGGUGGGGGGGUUUGGCCGUCCCGUCCCUCCCCUCACGUGGGUUUUUGGGGCCGGGCGGUUCCCGCUGUCCCCGCUCCGCCUCACGGGGGUCCCGCACCGGCCCCGCCGCUCCGGGCUCGCUAACGGCCCUUCGUUCCUCCCUCCCUCCGCCGCCGCAGGGCCGCGAUCCCGGAGCCCCGGCGAUCCCAGCGCCUGGACCUUAACACCUUGCCCUUUUCCACGUGAAGCUCAGCCAUGACUGACCAAGAGUUCAUUCUCUGCAAGUGGAAGAGGCGUUUGUGGCCAGCCAAGGUUUUGUGCAAACCUGGAGUUGCUGGGGGCAGUCCUGUUGCCACCACAACAAGGAUGGGAUUGAAAGCUGAAAUCCUUGGCUUGGAGAAGCAGGUCAGUGUGAGCUCUGCAAACGUGGUUCCCCUGACAGAGGAGAGGAUCAAGGACAUCGCCUCCACCUUGGAGCAAAAGAAAAGCAUGAGUGAGGCCGUGGAGGAGCUGCAAUAUCGCUGUUCCCUUAAAAUUGCCCUGGAUAUUCUCCAUCAGACUAACUCCAGCAAUCAAAUGCCACCUGCAGAAGGACCAAAUCCCAAAUUUUCCCGGGAGAAAUGUGCCCCACCCACCCCCUCCCAGAGCUUCUUGUUGCGCUCUCGCUUUAAAAAGUCGGAACCUGAGGCUGCCAAGAGGAAAAGAAAACCCCAGAAUAACUGUGGGCUGAAGGAUGAUCCCAAAGCACGCGGCCAGGGAGGUCCUGUGGCUCCAGGAGGGAGUGGAAAAGCACCUGGAAGUGGCACAAACCCUGCCAGGUGUGGUGCCAGGAACUCGAGUGUGGCACCAGCCCCUGACAGUCACAACUGCAAAAAUCCAGAACCAAAAUCAUCACCCAGACAGAGGAAAAUCCAACCCAAAAUGGGGAAUGGAGUUUCCUUUAAGCCAGAGGCUGGAAGAAGUCAGCAAGGAAGGAAAAGAUGUAGGGAUGAUUCCCCCCCGGAUCAAGCACAGGUGGCUCCUGAGGAGGGGUCUCCCUCUGUCUCCUCUAAAUCUGGCACCGUGGAACCUUCCAGAAAGACAGGAACUCAGCCUGGGAAAACAUUCCUGGAUUCCUCCUGUGAAACUGCCUCGGAUGAGUUGGAGAAAAGCAUCAGCAGUGAGAGUGAGAGCCUGGCAAAGCAGCUGGAUGGGAGGAGAGAGGCGGAGGGUGGAAAACACCUGGAUGGGGCAGGUGUGGCCUCAGGCACAGACAGGAAAUGCAGGAACCACCCCGGAUCCUCACCUGGGCCUUCUGGUGCCUUCCCUCAGCCUCAGGAGGAGGAAAACCAGGAUCCCUCACACCUGGCUGGGAAUAAAGCCCCUGACUCUGAGGAAGAUGAAGGGCUGGAACCCUCUGGGAUGUCUUCCAGGAGAGUUUCCUCAGAAAGCCUCCCUCCACUCUCACCUCUGGCAGAUGAAGAGGAGGAAGAUUUCCCAAGCGUUCUGUCCCAUCGAGAACCCAAAUUCUUCGAGGAAGGGAUGUUGGUGUGGUGCAAGCUGCGGCGGUAUCCGUACUGGCCAGCAGUGGUAAAAACAGUGAAGAGGAAGCACCGGAGGGCCUGUGUGCUCUUCAUAGAUGGCACCACAAAUGAGAAGAAAAAAGGUUUUUCAGUGUCUCUGAAGAGCCUGAAACACUUUGACUGUGAGGAGAAGCAGAAUCUCAUUGAACGAGCCAAGGAGAACUAUUCCAGGGAAAUCGAGUGGUGCCUCCAGCUGAUCCGGGACUAUCGGAUCCGAGUGGGCUGUCAUUCUUUCACUGGAUCCUUCCUGGAGUAUUUUGCUGCUGAUAUCAGCUACCCAGUGAGGAAAGAGGGAUACCAGAGUGUGGUGCAGAUGGCAUUCCCAAACACAGGGGAGGAAGAGGCUGGACAGUCUUCCUCAGACACCUCCCCCCAGAAACCCCCGAGGAAGCUCCUCCCUGACAGGACCAGAGCUGCCAGGGACAGGGAGAACAAGAAGCUGGUGGAGUUCAUAGUGAAGACCAAAGGGGCUGAAGAGCAUCUGCUGGGCAUCUUGAAAAGUGGGAAACAAUCCCGCUGGCUGAAGAAAUUCCUGAAUUCCAGCCGGUACAUGACCUGUGUGGAGACUUACCUGGAGGAUGAGGAGCAGCUGGACCUGGUGGCUGGGUACCUGAAGGAGGUGUACAGGGAGAUGGACACCAAGAACCUGCACCAGAUCCUGGGGGAUGGCAUCAGAUUCAUCUCAGAUGUGCUUUUACCUGAGGCCAUCAUCUGUGCCAUUGCUGCCGUGGAUGACAUUGAUUAUGAGAAGGCAGAAGAGAAGUACAUUAAAGGACCACCUGUGAGCAAAAGAGAGAGAGAGUUGUUUGAUGAACAAAUCCUGGGAAGCAAAAAGCUCAAGACUGAGCCAGAGCCUGCAGAGAGCUGAGGAGUGGCCAGGGCUGUCCUGGGCCAGGUGUAAAUAACCAGUGGUGCUUUGUAUAAAA